AAUGACUAGCGCGGAGCAAUCCGGAUCGUUGCAUUGACAGGUGGAUGAUGCUGAUGCUGUUGGACACGAGCAAGGCAAGGCAGCGGAGGUUCGAUGAUGACAGUUGAAGGUGUUUGUUUCAGUUGCCGCGUUCGCAGAGACGGGCUGCCUGCAUUUGCAUUUGCAUUAGUACCUGUAGCAGUAGCAGGUACAUGCAGGUGCGGUGACCCGUGCAGCGCGUUGCAGGUAAAUGUACCGGGCAGCCAUGGGCAUCCUCAGGCCUCCUGCUGCAGUACGGACCAGGCUCUAGCGGAGACUUUUCCUCUGUUCUUUUUGUCCCGGCUUCCUUCCUUCUAUUGUCCCUCAUGCACAUCACCAUUCAUCCAGCAUACAGUACAGUAAUUGCCUCACUGCGCCAAAAAGGACACUUUCAACAGCGUCGCCUAUCUGUCCAAUCGGGAUGUUUGCGCGCUCCUCAUCGGCUUCUGCGACCGCUAGCCGGCUUCGAGGGCCUUUUCUGCGGCCUCUGUG